AUGGCUUCCAGGCAACUCAUAAAGCACGCCACUGAUUGGGCCGUCAUUCUGAUAUCAAUAAUCGCGGCUCUUCUUCUAUCAGAUGUCAAUCCAGAUUUCCACACAUUUUGCGUCCUCGACAUGAACCUGUCAUACCCUUUCCGCCCCUCAAAACUUAGCCUUCCUGUCUUUAUCCUGCUUUCCAUCAUCCUUCCCGUAAUCACCAUCAUUUUGGUCACUAUUUUCACCCCAUUCCCGUCUAUUCAGAAUAGCGAAAGAAAUUCUCGAGCGCGGAUUCGGAAAUUAAGAUCUCUGAAUGCAGCGCUCUUGGGUCUCGGCGUCAGCUUAGGAACCUCGACAGUAGUUUUCACAGGUGUGAAAAGUCUGACAGGGAAACCUCGUCCCAACAUGUUGUCCAUAUGCGACCCAGACCUGGAGAAUAUUGUAAAGUACACUGUUGGUGGCGUUGGUGUGGAGUUCAAUAGGUUGUGGGUCAUGGUUACACUUGAUAUUUGUCGGCAGAGAGACACAGCGGCCUUGAGGGAUGCAUUUCGAAGUUUCCCUAGUGGAUAUGCAACUAUUGCAUUCGCAGGGCUAUGGUACUUGUCUCUUUUUCUCUGCCACAGAUUCGGCGUCGAGAUCCUGCCCUCAUCAUCACCACGCAACAUCCAAAACAUUCCCAGGCUCGAAAACGAUGAGCAGCAUGAACCACUUUUGCCGAGUGAGGCGCAACUCAAUGAUCGUGCUUCGAGGCCAGAUAGCAAUCAACUAGAAGCGUUGCCAGUCUAUAAGUUGCUGUUGCCGUACGUUCCACUUGGGCUUGCUAUUUUUAUUGCCGGAACGAGGUACUUUGAUUUCAGGAAUCACGGUUUUGAUGUUCUGGCGGGCGCUUUUGUUGGGUCUGUUACUUCCUAUGUUGGGUUUAAGAUGUACUCCACGGGUAAUCUCCUCACUUGA